UCGUGGCUGCGCGCGGCUGCUUGCCUUUUCGCGUCCUUCGGUGCCGGGGCGAUCGCGCGAUCGCCGCGAUACAUCCUCUCCUCCGUAGUCCGCUCAUUUCAUCGAGAGAGAAAGGUUUCUGCCCCGUCCCAACCAUCGUCCUAGGACUGGAGAAGUUGAGAUUAGAUUUGGUCUAUAAGCGGAAGGUUGGAACCUGAGAUUAUCCGUCUCAGAAAAUUGAUAUGGCUAGACUACUAUCAAAUAUCGUUCUCAAGAGUCUCACCGGCUCAUCUUGUUCGUCCACUUCAAUGGUCACAUGCGGAUCGGCCAUUCAUCAAAGCAUUAGAUGCUCAACUAGGCUAAGCGGUGAUUCUGAUGCACAAGGAGAUUCGAAUCCCGCUAACAAAAGUUCUGGCAUCUCUUUGCAGGAUAUCGUACGCCGGGAUGUUAAGGAAAAUCCAGUCUUCAUUUAUAUGAAAGGUCUUCCGGAUGCUCCUCGAUGUGGAUUCAGUGCAUUGGCAGUCAAAGUUAUGCAGCAAUACAGUGUGCCUAUUCGUGCAAGAGAUAUUUUAGGAGAUCCCAAGCUUAAAGAGAGUGUGAAAGCCUUUACCAACUGGCCUACAUUUCCGCAAAUAUUUAUCAAGGGAGAAUUUGUUGGUGGAUCUGAUAUUAUCCUCAGUAUGCACCAGAAGGGCGAGCUCAAGAACUUGCUCGCAGACAUAACGCGUGAUGACAACCAGGGUGGUGCAUAAAGAGACAUUAUCGACCUUGGUAUACAAUUUGAUUUCUGUGCACGAGAUUUGCAUUGAAAAAAAGAAAAAGAAAAAGAUGAGACGAGUAAAUUUAUUGGUAUUCAUGAUUUUAUCUGGUGAUAGAUAUUGUUGGCUGCCCCUGGGGGUUUUGCCUCAAGUAUCCUACCUCCGGAGCUCGAGCAUUUUCCAGAGAUAUUAAGGUGUGUUGCCGUUACAAUGGAAGGAAAGCUUUCUUUCUUGUAGUACUUGGAAACAACUAGGCAACCAGAGUGUUGCAAGGGGAAAUAAAUAUGGAUGUGUCUUAUUUGUCUGAUGUUUUAUGUGUUGAUACCUGGGACCGUAUGCGUGAUCAAUGAGAAGACUUUAGUGAGUGCAGGGUCACUAGUAGAGUUUAUUAUGCUUGGUUGUUGUUCCUUGUUUCAAUGUAUUCUUAACAUCUUUGGAAAACCAGUUUGUGAGAAAGAUGCUAGUCUUUGUGGUGAUCAUCUGUUUUACCUGAACAGAUUCUCCCCUCAUGUCAAGAGGCUUACAAUAUCA